AUGAAUGUAUUCAAUGGUCAAAAUGAAAUCGAAGUUUACGAUGGAGAUUUUCCAGAAGCAUCCUCAUGGAAUACUUCGUCCAUUGAAAAUUCUCUCAGUAAUUUGGAUAUUAAAAUGGACAGUAAUUUUGCAUGGUUGUUGUGUUCUUUGUUAUCGGGAAUAAUUUGGGUCACAUACAUUAGUUAUUAUCAUUCAAGGGUUUUGGGUUAUAUAUUAACUAAAAUAUUAAAUAGACAUUUUAUUGAUAAAAAUGGUUACAUGAAAGUAGGUUCAUUUACAUGGAGUGUGUUAAGCGGAAAAAUUAUGUUUAGGGAUAUUAUAUAUAUGACAAAUGAUUACACUCUAAGGAUUCAAGAUGGCUGGUUGAUAUUCAGGUGGUGGAGGUCUUAUGUUCCCAAACAUUUGUCAGAAGAUUUGUCUCAUUCCGACACAAGAUUAUCAGUUUUACUAAAUGGUUUCGAAUUGCACAUGUAUAAUAGAACAGAUGUUUAUGCUAAUUUGGAAAGAAUUUUCGGUUUAGAACCACAAAUAAAUACUAAAGACGAGUUUGAUAAUAUUAAAGAAGAUAGGGAAACGGGAGUUUUGACCUCAAAGAAUAACGAAUCACCAAAUUUAACGAAUAAUUCAUGGAGGGAUUUGUUUCCUGUGAUCAAGUUGGACGUAUCAUCAGGUCGGUUGGUAUUUGGAAAUCGUUUAAUUCCCACAACAUUAUCGGUGAAUGUAGAAGAAGCUCAUUUUGUUUAUUCCAUAAAACCGGCUGCAUCUAAAUUGGAUUAUUUUAUGCAUAUAUUAAAAUGCGUAGCAGAAAAUUUUAAAGUUAUUUUAGCUCCGAGUCCGAAAUACACAGGAAUGAUUGACGAUCCGCCUCGUUAUAUGGGAGAAGGAUUUGUUAUUUUUUCAUCAAAUAAAGUCGAUUUAUAUUAUUACAUGGACCAACCGGGUAUCGUACCUGAAAAACCUGAAAUGUUAGAAUUGGCGAAUGGCGAUUUUGUUGAAUCCGCUCCCCCCAUUUGGGGUAUCGAUAUCAAAUGCGAAAAAGGUACGGAUUUUAGUUACGGACCCUGGGCUGAUAGACAACGAGAGCAUUUGUUUAAAUUUUUUUUUCCCAACAACUACCAACCGAUGAGAGUGACAAAACCUGCUCGUCCGGGAGAACUAAGACAAGUUCAAUCGUUUGAUAUUCGAUUAAGCACUCAAAACGAUGCAACGAUCGACAUUUUGUUUUCGAAAAAUAAAGAAACGAAUGCCGUACAUAUAAAUAUCGAACCUGGAUCUUAUUUGGAAAUCACGCUACCUUGGGUUGUUCAGUCGGAGGGUUAUUGGACCAAAAUAACAGGUCAAUUGUUACACGUCGAAGCAUCUACCAGUUUACCUUAUCGAACGCUGUUAGAAAGUGAAACGUUAGAAUUUAACGUAAAGUGCCAUUAUCCGUUAAAAUGGAACGAUCAUCAAGAGUUAUUUUUCAGUUUUACCGGUUGUAAAACGACGGCUCAUUUAAUUUAUGCUCACAAAGAAUUUUUUCAAGAUCUCAUUAAUGAUUGGUCAUCCAAGGCAGCUCCUGAUCUUCUUUAUUUCGUUCCCUAUACCUGUAAAGUCAGUUGGGUUAUGAAAGAAUUUGAAAUCAUAACUUCUUGCAAUAAUUACAAUUGGAUCGAUUGCUCUUCGCAGAAUCAGGAAAACACUCACAUCGCAUUUUCCGGUGAACUAUUCGACCUCUCUUUCGAUCUUCCAUUUUCCGAAUUUUUACCUCAAGUAAUUCCCCUCCGCUUCUGGAUUCAAGGUGAAAGUGUGGAUAUGUCAUUGUUCAUUCCCGACGUUCAAACGAGCCGAGACAUAUUGUUUGCUUUGGACGAAAAUGCAAAAAUUUUAGAUAGGGAUGGAAAUGUAACGACGACGAAAAAAAAUUAUGGGAAAAAAUGGAGACGCGUUUGCCAAAGAAACUACGGAUGGAUAGACUGUUGGUCUGUGCCAAUUAUUGCUAUCAGUAUUAAUUACGUUUUUCACCCUCAACCACCGUUGGGUCCCCCUCCUCAAGCGGAUAUCACGACUCCCGAAAAGGAAGAGAUUUUAUUGUCUCCCAUGAGAAUACCACGAUAUAGAAAACCUCAAGUUUUUCACUGGACUCAAUCAAAUAACGAUGGUAAAAAAUUUAAUCCUUUAACUUUGGCUCCGGAUAAAAUCACCGUCGACCUCGAAAUAGGUUCUUCGGUUCUUUUGGUGUACGGAUCCUGGAUUUUAAAUUUUAUACAUUUGAAAGAGAAUAUAUUUGGUGAUUAUCAAAAGUUUACCGACAUGCAGCUACAUAAGACUACUUCGACUGGUUCGACCGCGAAGGAAACUAAUAAAAAAAAUAAUGAUGAUGGUAAGAAAGAAAAUUUCGAUUCUCGUCACUAUCGACCGUUUGAAGUUGUCCUCUCUAUUACCAUGCACGACAUUCAAGCUCAUUUGAUGAAAAACUGUACGGAAAAAGAUCCGCCCUGUCCGAUGAUUUUAUUAGAAAGAUUCGGUUUGGAAAUGAAAAAAAGCUACAGAGAAACUAUACUUCAGGUCGUUUUAUCGCCGAGUAUCUUAAUUAUAUCCGACACGUUCACUCGUCCCAACAAAGAAUCCCACAUCGGUCAAGGUCAUCUAAUGCUUUCCGGUUUGCAAAUUCGUGGGCACGCCAUGUUUAGCGACGAAGGUCGAUCUUUAGAUGAAGAAACAAUAGAAUACGCUUGGAUGCUGGAAAUCCAGCUGGGAAAAUUGAGCGGGAAAUUAACUUUGCCGCAACUUUAUCAUUUGGUAUCGAGUCUGGAAACGUUGGUAUUUCUCGUUCAAGAUGACGAGAAUACUUUAAAAAGUCCCGAAAGACCUCGAACGUGCAUUCACGGAACGGACAUAAAUCCUUGCGUACAUCAAGAAAGUAAAAAAUUAUAUAUUUGUCCCUCGACGGAAAAUAUAAAAUAUCGCAUGACGAGAGUUUCCGUCGAUGCCGUCGAUUUGUUUUUAAUAGAGAGUGGAACGGCCAUUCAUUUGUGGUUGUCACCCGUGAGAGUUUCUAAUUGUAAUUUACACGGACAAAGAAUAAAAUCUGGAGUGUCGGGACUUAUUUCCUACAUUCAAAUCCGACAAUUUAUUUGCACCGGCUCAAAUCAUUCGAAUCAAAGCAAUACGAAUACCAACACCAGCAGCAGCGGCGGUCGUUCUCAGUUGGGCAUUAUUAAUAACAAGGGAAAUAUGGACGAAUUGUGGCUUGAAAUCGGUUCUGUAACAUUUGGACCCCUGAUAUUCGAGGCAGCUUUAUCAUUGACCGCAGUCGAACAAGAUCUUCAAACGAUACAACAAAAGUUUUUAAAACUUCACGAUGAGGAAACCAAAAGACUUUGGUUUUUAUGGCCGCGAGAAGGGGUUGAUGAUAGCGUUGAAAGUUCCACGAGGAGGUGCGGAUGUAUCGGAGGCUGUGCUUUUUUCGGUUCCAACAGAAACGGUAAGAAAUUUUUCAAGCCGAGUCAGCAGGAUAUUCAAGAUGGAAUAAAUAUCGCCGCGUUUCGGAUAAACGAACCUCCGAUUGAUCCAGGUUUCGGACAAAGCAUACUCCACGAAAAUCAACUCGUAUUUCACACAGCUCCCUACGAUUCGUCGUGUCAAGCCGUCGUACAAGAUUCUUAUUUUCAUCAUAAUAAAACCCCUCGAUUUUCCUAUCACAAAAUACAGUCGAAUGAACGGGUCGGCAAAGGUGGAAUUUUCGGAUAUAGAAAAGUCGAACCGUGUAAUUCGACGGCCGUGGAUUCCGUUAACGUGUCACAAAGUCCCGUGGCUGAUAAAAAAGUGAUUAGACGUAGGUUUUCUUGCACGUCUGCCGGAAAUUCUAAAUCAGGUAUAAAAGAAGUACCGUAUUUUAGAUUGAUUGAAAGCAGGACGGGAAGUUUAAAACCCGUGAGAAGAGAACCCGAGAAAUUAGUGCUCAAAGUGCCUGAAUUAGAUUCACAACCGAGAAACAGUGCAUCCGAUUCGAAAUUGUCCGUCGAUUAUUUUCAACAGCCGACGGAUAAUUCAGAAAAUUCGAGCAAAUGGACCGACGCUCUUCAUUCAUUUUCAACGUCUCUCGAACUUGAAGAUAAUAAAAUGGGGAGAACGUUUUCCAUAACAAGCGAAAAUCAAUCCGAAGUGUUUUACUCGGCGGAUGAAGAAGUGGUCGCGGCUAAUUAUUCCAGUUCGAAACAUUCGAUUUCGGAUAAUUUAUCCAGCAAGAACGACGUCGAAAUCGGACCCACGAAAUCAAAAUUUAAUAGCGAAUCUAAUAUUUUCCCACCCGGACUUUAUUCCAAACCGAAUCUUUCCCUAUCCGGAAGCUCGAGUCGAGUUAGACUCAUUAGUCAUUCUAGCGAACAUGAAAUCAACACGCCUGAAAAAAAAAGUCAAACUCUAUCGAAACCCGAAUCCGAUUUGGGUUUGUCUUUUAUCGGCGACUCAUCGUCCAGUCCGAGGUCCGUAGGGGGCGCUCCUGUUUUUCAAAGCCUCUUCGAAAGAAAUUUAGGAGAAAAAAUUUUAACGGACUCGGAUACACCCUCGAUAUCAAGCACUUCGUUUAUAUCGGCCAUAUCGUCGCAGGAAGAUAACGGUUUAGUGAAUUUACACAUGCAAAUCAAUAGACCCAUCAUCGAAGCUCCGCUUCUCAUGUCCAGCUACAUAAAUCACUUGUCUCAACUCGGAUGCGAUAAUUGGAAUCAAUGCACGGUCCCUUCCGGAUGUGACGUGUAUGCCAUACCCGGAGCUCUCUUUCAAAAAACUCAAGAUGGUUUACUCUUGUACAAGGGUGGAAAAUACACUCCGAAUUUCACGAAAAUAAACGAAGGAUUCACUUAUUUGAAAAUGAUCAAAAGAUGGAGCGAAGAUCAAAUUUCGAGUCCUCCGCUCUCGGCAAAAACUCCGACGACUCAUCCGUACAAUUGGGACUACACGAAUUGGGAUAAAAAGAGCGAGGAAGAUAAUGUCGUGUUGGAAGAAGAAAUGUUAUCCACGUCGUGCGAAACGGGAAGUCGAACGACGAUAAUAGUUAAAUUUAAAGGAGAUUUCGAUAUUAUUUUGACUCCUUUGGUUCUCGAAUCCCUUCAGAGAUUCAUAGACAGUUUGAUUCCGACUGUUAGUUCUUUGCAUGCACUCACUGUGAUUAAUCACCUUCACUUCGAAUGCAUAAAAAAGGUUAAAGACGCCAACAUAUUGAAAAAGGAAGAAUUUUUAACGAAUUUAUCACCUCUCAGAACCGAUACCAUUAUAAGGGACAACAGCAAAACCGUUAAUUCCGUCGUGCAAUCAAAUUUAUAUCAAGAAAAUAUAUGUUCUCAAACGCAGGGCGUGAUAGCUUUGCCUAGAAUAAAUAUCACUCUGUUGCAAGCAUCCGUAGUCGAAGAAUUGACACAUUUUUCGGCUUUGGACAAUAUUCAAGAUUUUGCUUGCGUGUCCAUUUUUGCCGUGUCCAUCAAUACGGCAACCGUCAAAUUUCAUUUGGAAAAAAAAGCCAAAGAAAUCAUUCAAACUUUUGAGCGUCCCAUUGUGACUCCUAGUCAAAAGAAAAAUAGAAUUUUAAGGGGUGCAAGACCUCUUUCCACGGGGGGCCAGUACGUACCUAAAGAGACAACUUUCGGCGAUCCUGUUUACAUCGAAUCCUCCGAAAAGCAACAAAACGAAACAACCGUUAUUCUUAAUUUGGGUAAAAUUCACGCACAACUAAGAAGACUUUCGAACGAUUCCUCAAUUUUGAAAGAUGCUGUCGUCACUGCCAUUCCAGUUCAGUAUUCUAAAGUAAUGUUUCUAUGUAAAAAACUCUCGUCUCCUUUAUCCCUCUCUAAGUCCAAGGAGUCUCCUGCAGAAAUGAGUUUCGAUGAUAAUAUUUUUAACGACGAUAAAUUGGGUUUCAUUAUGUUUGAAACUGGGUUCGAGGGCGUUUCGAUAAAAGUCGUAAAACAAGAACAUUUCGAAAAGGAAGCAAAAGACACGGGAACGGAUUCUUCCGAAAAGAAAGAAAUAAAAAAAGAGUCUUACGAAAAGCUACAGCAACCUCUCGUGCCCGUUCACGUCAAUCAACACGAUUUACUAUCGAAUGCGAUGAAGUUUUCAACUCGAACAGCAAAUUCCCUAAAUAAUUUUAUCGAAAGUAAAGCUUUGAAGAGUAAAUCAAUCAGUAAAGUUUUCGAAAGCAGCAACGCCAAAAAUAGAAACGAAGAGAAAAGCAAUAGUAGCGGAACGGCCAUUAAUACUGUAGAAAAUUGUCAACAGCAAUCAAAUACGUCAUCUUGCGUUAUCGAAUUGGCAACAAUUUGGUUUAAUUUUGCUGCUCCUCCGAGAACUCCCAUUUCCCGAAAAAUGAAUUACACCAGGUUGGAUUGGAAUCUUUUAAGCACGGCAUCACCGGCUAUUAAUGCUUGGAUGAAUCCUAGCAGUCGAUUUGCAUCCAGAUUACUACACAUGUUUCGAUGUUCCUAUCGGCGCUCGUCUGGAGUUAUUUCUUGUUUAAUGGCGGAAGCUUUGGAAGUCCCAGAGAUCCACAUUCCGAAAAAAAGCAGAUACGGACGUCUGACACCUCUGGCAAAAACAUUACAAGAAGAUCCAUCCUGUCAAUUAUGCAGUGCCCUUCGAAAAUACGUGUUACAAACUGAUCUAACCGCAAUAGAAGCCAACCUGACUGAAAAUCAUUUGCCCAUGCUAUCAACGCUAAGGCAAGGAGUUAUAGUUUUAAGUCGGCAAUGGAAAAAUGUUUUGUACACGCCUUUGCUCUUGGAUCACAAUUACAAGACACGUCACCUAAAACCUUUGAACGUAACUUUUGCCAUGUCCGAAUCAGAAGACGAUAUCAUUGCUACGGACGGAGAGAAUUCUAAUGAAGAUAACGAAAUUACGGACGAGUGUGCCGUUUUAAUUAAUACCGAGGGUAGAUCUGUAAUCAACAACUUUAGGGGAUCGAAAAAAAAUGGAGGUUUCAGUUCGAAUACGGAACCGGAUUCAAAUUUUUUAACAUCACCAUUUUCUUCGUGUCAACAAGAGAAAAAAGGACAAUUACCCCCUCCUCAUAUGCCUCCUUCAUCUCGUGCCAGUAUCGUAUUUCCAAUUUUAAAUAUGAAUCAUCCGUUUCCGUCGGAAAAUAAAUUUUCCAUUCAUGAAUACAAUCAAAAUAUACCGAAAGACGUUAAACAAGCGGAGCAAAAACUCGGUUCGAACGGAAGUUCUUAUUCGAAUGGAAUACCGGGUAGCAAUCAUUCUUUGAUUAGCUUGGAGUCUCAUCCGACGGAAGAUUUGUACGCUUGGAUGGCUAAACAACAAGAAUUUAUGAAAGAAGAAAUAAAUUCAAAUGUUAAAAAUUCUGUUGAUUCGAACGUUCACAAUGAAGUAAGAGAUAACAUGCCGAGUCCACUCAGCGGAUAUAAUUUUUAUCCGGUUCAUGAUUCACUUUGCCUAUUAGACGUUCACCUGAUAUUCGAACCGUUGUUAUCUGCUCUCGGUGUGAUGCCUCAGCAAAUGAUUAGAAACAUGAAAAGUUCCUCUAACGCAGUGUUCGAUACGUGGGGCUCUAAUUUGUCGUUGGUGGCUGCAAUGGAAGGCAUGAGGGUUGAUAUUGUAGUGAGUGAAAAUGGUAAACCGGGAGAAAGGAAAAGGAAAAAACUAAAGAAUAACGGUGGAAAAUUGGCAAUGGAUAUAUCUACAACAAUGCCGGCGUUUAUUUGCGAGCGGAUAGGGGUAGAAGUGGACGUGAAAAAACUCGCAGACAUGACCGUGGAUGAUUUAAUUCAAAAACAAAACGUACUAUACAUUUCAAGAGGUCAAUUGAAAAAGCACACUACGACAAAAUUAAAUUUCAGCAUAAACAUCCAUUAUAUUUCCCAGCAAGUAAACAUGCCUCUGCUCAGACUCUUGCACCAGAUAAGCAGCAUGUACCAAAACGUCAAAGAUACGCAAAUGGAAUUGAAAGAGCAAAACCUCAAAGGAGCGCAUCCGACAAGCAUAACACUUUCCAAAGAUCAUAAAAACGAGUCUUCUUCUGCAUCUGAUCUCCAAGAUCAUUUCUCUACUUCUAUCGUCGAUCCAAUCAUAAAAACGAACAUUUACACCGUGCACACAUCAAUGAGCAAUCCCAAAUCGACCCUUUCACCUUCCUCUUCUCUUUUGUCCAGACCGCAAACGUUGGCUCAAAAAUUACGGUCGACGACAAAAAGUGUCAAAGGUUAUAUGAAUUUAAGUGAUACUGCAAUAACUCCGAUAUUUCCGAACGCAGGCGAAGAUAAAUCAAUCAAACCUCAGUGUUGGAAAACUCUUUAUUUUUUACUAGACUUGUAUGCCACCAUGCCAGAAACUAAAACGAUAUCGCAUAAAUUUUCUGCCGCGCCAGACGUUCUGGACGGUCUUAAAAAUAAAAAAUUUGAAAUAAAAACAAGCGAUUUCGACAUUGAAAAAUGUUUUCAAGAACGCGUCAACGUAAGCGGAUCCACUCCGAUCCCGUCGGAAAAACCGAGAGAACUAAGUUUUUUUACCACGGGCGAACGAACAAAACUUGUUGUGUUCGGAGUUGCCAGAAUUCAUCGCACCAAACUUUUAGCCACUUUAAGCGGUUUAAAAUUGGAAGCGGAAAUAACGAAUUUGCAUUCGAGCGUCACGUGUCGAAAAAAAAUGAAACCCGAAAGUCUAGAGUGUUCUCUCACGGGUCAAAUAGGGCGAACGAUGAUUGUUUUACUUGAAGGAGUUGCUCCUAAUCAACAAACGGUCGUUAAAGUAACGGUUGGAAAAUCGCAAGCGCUUUAUUCGAGUCUAUCGAAAAAAUCCAGAGACAAAAAUUCAGGUUUACUAACGGUUGGAGCUAUCAAUAUAGAUAUUCCUCAACACCCGGUCGUUUUGCACGGAAUGAUGACGAGAGGAAGUAAACAAUUGUCUUCGACGCUUCAAGAAUUGGGAGUUACGAGAUCGAGUAGAUUGAUGCGGGGUACAACAAUCGAUGAAACGGAUACGACGACCAAUUAUUCAUUCAAUAACUUUCAAAUAAACGAACCCGUAAAAGAUUUGGAAACGAAACCUUCGGCGACCUCGAGUUUUUUGGAACCGUUAGUAAUGCAAUUUUCUAUUAUUCUUCAAAGUUUGAGCAUCACGGCAGCACUUUUACCAUCCCUUCAAGCCCAGUACAAAAUGGAUCAAGUUAACAGCUCGGGAGUUACCGGAAGUAAAGCCAAAUUUACCGUUGACCUGCCCAAGCAUUCUUUAAGCUUCACCACGAAACUUCAAGUUGUCGAAGCAAACAUUCCCUCUGAAGCAAGUAUCGAUUUGCCUAAAGUCCACGUUUCAGCCGAAUACGUUCAAGAUGGGAAAAAUAGCGGGGAUUCGAAAUUGAUCGACGGGGUUGUUUUAAGAGAAGGAAGUUAUUUGAAUGCGACGGCCGACAUUGGAAAAUUUGAACACUCUCUGACCACGGAUCUUUUAAAUCAUUUAGUUUUCGUACAGAAGGUUUUCAUGAAGGAAGUCAACGAGGUUCUUCAAAAAGUUUACGGAGGAGAAAAAGUCGUACCUUUGUGGCAAGAAGAAGACGAUUCGAGUUCUUCGUAUUUAAAAAAAAUUUUAUUUUCUUUAAUAAUUAGAAUAAAAAGGAUUCAAUUGACGGCGACAACUCCUACCAAUUCUGCCGUGAGAUUAGAAACGGGGGCCGUUGAAUUUCAAUUAUCCAAUCGCGUGGAAAAUGUGUCUGGAUCCGCCGCACAGCCGAAUCCUUACAUGAAAAUAUUCGGCAAAGCUCAAGUCGAUAUAAAUUUAAGUUUGGGCCAACUUUUGAAAAAUGCAAUUUUCGAAGAAGCCGAACCUGAAUUUCAACAAUAUGCGUUUUUCAAAACCAGAGUCGGAUUAAGGAACGCUUUUCAAGGGGAAAUGAUUCAGGGCGAAGACAAAGAGAUUGUUUUAAUUACCCUGAGAAGACCUUUGGUAUACAUACAACCCAUGGCGGUGGACAAAGCAAUAUUGGUUUGGUUAAAUUAUAAGAACGCAUACGAUUAUUGGAACGAACAACGCAGUAAUUUAAAUAAAGAAGUUCUCACGGCUACUCAACAAGUAUUUGAAAAAGUACCCUUUAGUCAAUUAUCGAGCUCACCGUAUUUAGGCACGCUGUUCUUGCAAUUGACCGUCGAUGAUAUGGGCAUUUGCCUACCACUCCAACCUUUACCUCUUACUUCGUGGGGUUUGAAUAGAACACUGUACGCUGAGCCAGAGUCUAGAGCUGCUGUUGUCAUUACGCUUGAAUCUACGAGUAUUUCGGCUUGCAGUUCGGGGUCUCUUGUAAGCAAAGGUCGCUUCGUCGGCUUGUGCAUACGUUUCGCCGACGAUUUUGAAUCUAGUUUAGAUGAUUGGAAGCCCGAUAUGAACGACUCGACAAUUAUGAACCUUUGCGUUGUAUCAGAAGGCACUUAUGAAGUUUGCAGUCGCACCACAACUCAAAAACAAGGCAAAGAAAAUGCAAAGUGGUUUUUAAAUGUACAAUGGCAAAUGGAGGGCGUAGACAUUCACUUAGACGUGAACGUAGGAAAACAAUUGUCGGCAUUGGGUCACACGCUAACAAUGCUGACCGGCUCUACGGAAGAAGAAGAUUCGGCUACUUUAGAUUACGAUAGCGACGAACCCGAUGGAAUUAAUAUUUCUCUAGAUAACGUUUCUCAAAAGCGGUACAGAAAUGUCAUCGGAAGCUUACCAAGGUUUAUUUUCGAUCCAUCGAUAGAUUCGAAACAUCGAACGAAGCUUAUCGAAAAAGAAAUGCUCGAGCAAGCCAAAAUAAUAAACGAUUUACGGUCUUUGGGAGCAUCUUACGGAACGAUCGAACAAGAAGUAAAACGUUUGCAAGAACUUGAAGCUUUAGUUUACAAAGAUUUCAGAAGGGAUAUGAUUCAAAAGUUAAGACGUCAGAGUAUGAGAACUUCCGCCAUAAAAGAUAAAUUCGGUUUGAGUAAAAAUUCAGCAUCUAUUAGAUCCCGUUCAUUUAUAAUUCCUUCGCCUACUCCAGAAAGCGCAUUGGAAGCGGAUGGAAUGGGUGAAACAGGAUCUGGUAGCGUUAAAUCGGAAAUAUCAUCCAAUAGUUAUGAUACUCCGCCAAAAUCCGGACCUUCUCGUUCGGCUUCGCUCCGAGUUCAAGAAGUAGGGAGUCCUCGUGUAACUUUUAACGAAAUAAGAAACAUUUGUAGACAAUCUUCGUAUCCCAGCGCUGAUUCGGAUAUUAGUUUGCCUCUUGAUUCCGAAUGGGGAGAAGUGGAUCACAUAUUUGUAGAUGGAGAAAAAGUUCAGUUGCGUAAGAAAUAUUUAGAUAACAGCUACGAAGGUUCGGACGGCUUAGAUGACACUCCCACGACUUCAAGUCCGGUUCUUCCAUCUCAUUCUCCCGGCAAUCAAAAACCUCAAGAGCCGAACAUCGAUUUCGAACUUGAUGUAAAAGUUUUUAUCAAUAGUGGAAAAUGCAUGCUUCACACAAAAGAUUUGGUUAGAGAUGACGAAUUGAAAAUUUCCAAUAGAAUGAAAAAAGAAAGAAGUUGUUCUGGCGGCAUGUUCGAUUUCCCCCCGACCAGCCCGAAUACAGCUCGCCGAAACAAAGAAAAACAAAGCGGUUCUUCUAGUAGAUUAAGAUUCGCACAGGGCAACACUGCACAAAUCGUCGAUUUAACUUUCUUUCACAUACCGGGUUUAGACGUGAAAGUCCAUUACGAAUCCAAAAUAGAAAACGAAGAAAAUUCUUCACCUUAUUUGUCGAUGGAAGAAAGUUUGGCUUCUCCACUACAAUACCGAAAAUCAAGCAAUAAAAAAGCGAGUUUAUUUGCCUGGAUAACACUUCAAAGCAUUCCUCAAGAGACGAUAAUCAGUCCUCACAUUCUUGAUUUUCUAGAAAAAACUCUUGAACCUAUACCAUCUUCAACCGUACAAAAUAAAGAAGUUUUCUCUUCUUCCGGGCACGCAAUGUUUACCAUGGACGGAGAAUCGGCAUGGGAUGCUAAUUUAACAACGAACAAUUACGUUUACGCUUCUUUUCCGGUGGAUGUGAUGGUUUAUUUUCACAUGGAACCUUCGACUUUUAGAUUUUCUUGCCUUCCCGUGUCUAGAGUAGAAUGCAUGCUACAAUUACCUUCGCUUGAUAUAGUUUUUUCAUCGAAACGAGCCGAAGAAGAAUAUCAAAAUGAAUUCGGAGAAAAUUAUUAUAAAAAUAAUUCGAGUAAUAUUUUAGAAUCCGGACUUCCACCGUUUGCGAUCGGAGGUUUGAGUGUGACGGGUUGUCUCUCUAAUUUUUCACUGCACAUAUUUCACCCCUACGGAGGUAGCAAGAAGUCUGGAAUUAAAGAAGCUCAAUGGUCGCCCUUAGCGGAUAGCGAAAGAAAAGAUUCGCUGUCCGUUAACGUUGAAUUUGUCAAAUUUCAUUUGUCUAGAACGCGAAAGCUGAAUUUUCAAACCGAACAACCGAGUAAAAGUUCUAAAACGUCAAAUUUGGAUCAAAGUCGCGCCACAAUACGUUUUUCAACAUUAGUAGACAUUGGUUCGGCUUCAUUUAAAUACGACAUGAGAAGGUUAACUGAGAUUUUAGCCUUUCCGAAAGCCUGGUACAGACGAACAAUUGUGAGAAGAAUGUUUCUCGGAGAAUUACAUAUCAGUUCUAAUUACAGCGAAGAAGGAAACAUUUCAAAUUCAAGUUUAGAAGAAGAAGCAGCAGCAGCAGCGGCAGCAGGAGCUCUUUUACAAAAAGGUGAAAGUAGUAGCAGACACUUGAUUGAAGGUAGCGGUCAACGUAACAGCACUUCCUCGAAUAGAUCACCCAUGUCGAAUAGAGAUAAAGAAAAUCUCAGACUGAAUUUAAACGAACCUAAUAAAAAAUCUCGCGAAAACGAACGGAAAACAGUUUUGGAUGGUUCAUCGAAUAAUUUUUCCGAUCAGAAUUCAAGGUCUUCGUGGGAAACCCUUGUCUUAUUUGCCGUCAAUUUUACAAAGCUCAGAGUUCAAAUGAACAUGGGAAACGUUAUGGGGAACGUUAUGUGGCUGACGAAAGAUUUUCAUUCGGAAGGAAGGUUGUCGAUCGACAGCACCGGACAUAAAAACAUGUACAUCGGCUUGGGUUUAGGAGUUUGCAGCCUCGACGCAAAAGGCGGUAUCGUCGGCGGAGCCUUAGAUUUAAGCACAAUCGAUACAUUUGUACAUAUUAAAGAAGAUCCCGGUACGGAACCAGAUCACACUCUCGGACUUCGACUUUUCGCACUAGAGGUUAGAUUAGAUUACAUGGGUUCAGGAGUGCUCAUGGCGAGAGUGAGUUCUUUAAACGUUACACUGAGGGACAAGUGGAAAAUUCAUAAUUAUAAAAAUUCGGAUUCGUUCUUGGCAACGAAACGACCUGCUAUGAUAUUCGUUCACGGAGAUUUAGGAUGGGACCAAUUGCAAAUAAUGAUAUCCAAAUCGACGACGGCGGACAUGUUAAAAAUGUUUUACAAAUUGGAAGAAUUUUUUUCGCAGCAAUUUCAAAGUAGCAAAAGAGUUUUUUCAAGUCUACAACCGAAAGCACAAGGAGGUGUCAACAGUUCGAGAAAAAAAACGAAUAGGAAAAAACUUUACAGCACGGAUUCCGGGACGAUGCCGCAAUGGUCUACUCAAGAUCCGAAUCAUCACAGGCACUGGCAAAACGUUUUAUCGUACAUUUCCGGUUUUAAAUUAUCUACUUUUAACAUUCCUCUACCGCUUACGGGUACCAUAUUGGGAGGAACUAUGGAACUCCGCGGCUCCAACAUAUCACUAGCCUGUUUCCACGGUAUUAAUUUUAAAGCGAAAUCUUGGGCACUUUUCUCGUUAAAAGAACCUUGCAUAUCGUUUGCGACGGAAGCGCAAGAAAUUCAAUCGGCGUCGAACGCGGAAAAAAUGGACGUACACGUUUCGCAAACUCUAACGUUCAGUUUGGGAAUGUCGUUAAAGCACCCCAACGCUCAACACACGAGCAUGGCGACCAUAUGCAGAAUGAGUAGAAACAUAGCUUUUCCGCCUCAGUAUAAAACGCUUCAAGAAUGGUUCAAUUACGCAUUCGCGACGAGCGAAAUAGAUUCCGUGGAAAGGUUUCCUACUUUGGAACGAGAACGGGGCACGGACGAGUUAUCGAUAGACGAUCAAAAGCGAAGUAGAACAAGUACAAAAGUACAAGAUUUUAAUCACACAAGAGAAGACAUAUUUGCACUUCCUGCAAUGCAAUUACAUUUGAAAACGGAACAUUUGCAAUCGGUCGAAACUCCCGACAGUUCAGAUGAGAAAGCCGUGGUAGAUUGCAGUUUCAUAACGGAAUUCGAAGAUCACAUAUUCGUCACAAUCGAUGCGGAAGCUUUCUUUUUCCUUCACGACCUCAUAUCAUCGUACCUUAAAGAAAAAGAAAAAGUGAUAAUAUCCGUGCAAACGAUUAAAUGUCACAGUCCGGAUUCGGAUAAGAAAAGAGACAGCGUCGUCAUCGAAGAUGAGAAAAAAGAAAAGAAAUCCCACGAAAGCGGUGACGUUUUUACAAAAGAUUGGAGAACGUAUAAUUGCAAAACGUGGCAUUUAGAACCCAAAGUCAAGUUGUGGUCGUGGGCCGGUAAAAGCAUAGAACCCUACGGAGUGGAUUACAUAUUGCAAAAAUUAGGUUUUUCACACGCGAGAACAACCAUUCCAAAAUGGGUUCAAAGAGGUUUCAUGGAUCCUCUUGAUAAAAUAUUAGCCGUUUUAAUGCAUCAAAUGAUAAUGGCUGUAAAAGAAAAUUCAACCGAAUCAAAUCGUAAAAGUUAG